UAGCCCUCCCUAGAAGACUUAAGCCUGCAGGGCAAAAGCAGCCUGAGUCUCACCUCGGGGUUGCAAUCGAGCAACAGCAUCUCCCACCUAAAGUAGAGGACUGGAGUGCUUGGGAGAGCAGAGCGGUGAGGCGCUCGCUGCAGACAAACAGAUUGCCCAUCCUGUUAUCACCUUAAUCUCUUCAUCUGAAGCAUCCAGUGCCCUGUUGUUCAGCGGCUGCAGCGGGUUAAUCUUUGAAGACUUGGAUGGUCCUCCCCAAAUAUUCUUUUAAGCUUCAGCAACAGAAACCCUGUGGAGUAUUGUAACCACAGAAGGCAACGAACCUUUACUGGAAGCUUGUUCCUGAUUGGUGAAAGCCUGCUGUAACAGUGGAAUUCCAAGGAGUAAACAAAAAAGCAUAGCAACAACUGAGUUUGCUGUCUCACUACCCUGAGCCUAGGCCAACCUGGACUCCUUCAUCCCAGAUGAGGUGGCCUCUACAUUUUAUAUGAAGGCUCUGAUUUUCCCUUCAACUGUGAUCCACCUUAUAACAUGGCAAUCCAAUACAGACAGGAAGAUAAAACUGAACAACACAGCUAAAAUAAAGUAUAUUCCCAGAAUACCUACUGUGGAGACAGGAUGAAGUUGACCAGUGAAAAGUUGCCCAAGAACCCCUUUUAUACUUCUCUAUCCCACUAUGCUCCUAAUAAACAAAAACUCUUCCAAUGGAGAAAGGAAAAGACUGAUCAUUACAGCCAUGCUAGUUUGGUGGAAAAGGCAUUGCACCUCUUGAAGGAAAGAAUAAGAAGAGGGGAUACUCUGGCAUAUUUCCUACGAGGUCAACUGUAUUUUGAAGAGGGAUGGUAUAAAGAAGCAUUAGAACAGUUUGAAGAAAUCAAGGAAAAGGAUCAUCAGGCAACUUACCAGCUAGGAGUGAUGUAUUAUGAUGGUCUGGGGAUGACCGCAGACGCUGAAAAAGGAGUGGAAUAUAUGAAGAAAAUUGUUGAUUCUCCGUGUCCCAAAGCAAGACACUUACAAUUUGCAGCAGCUUACAACCUUGGAAGAGCUUAUUAUGAAGGAAAAGGCGUUAAACAAUCAGACGAGGAAGCUGAAAGACUGUGGCUUUUUGCUGCAGACAAUGGAAAUCCAAAAGCUAGUGUGAAGGCUCAAAGUAUCCUAGGAUUGUAUUACUCAACAAAGGAACCCAGAGAGUUAGAGAAGGCAUUUUAUUGGCACUCAGAAGCUUGUGGCAAUGGAAACCUGGAAUCCCAGGGUGCACUUGGGCUCAUGUACUUUUAUGGACAAGGCAUCCACCAGGAUACCGAGGCUGCCCUGCAUUGCUUGAGGGAAGCAGCAGAGCGUGGAAAUGUCUACGCUCAAGGGAAUCUUGUGGAGUAUUACUAUAAGAUGAAAUUUUUUACAAAGUGUGCUGCAUUUUCCAAAAGGAUUGCUGACUACGAUGAGAUUCAUGACAUCCCCAUGAUAGCCCAGGUCACGGACUGUCUCCCAGAAUUCAUCAGCAGAGGCAUGGCCAUGGCCUCUUUCUACCACGCACGGUGUCUGCAGCUUGGCUUGGGUAUCACAAAGGAUGAAGCAACAGCUAAACACUAUUAUUCUAAAGCUUGUCUUCUGAAUCCUUCAUUGGCAGAUGAACUUCACACUUUACUUAUUCGUCAGAGAAUUUAGACUACAAUGUAUUUCAACAAAGAUCAUCGAUCCUAACAACUUAGAAUCACUUAUGUUUCAUAUCAAGAACUUGGCAUAUCAGGAACUCAGCAGGUAUGAUCUAACAAUGAUAUAAUUAAUACCACUUUAUAUAUACAUAGUAUGUUUCUUUCAUGGAUUUCAAACUGAAUUUCUGCUUAAUUGGCUUGCUUUCAAUAUUCCUGGGGGUUAGAAAGGGGAAAGUGUUUCAUUAUCACUGCAUAAUAAGUGGUAAAACCCAGGAAAAUUAAGUGACUUGUCCAUGGUCCCACUACUAAAAUCAAAGCAACAUCUGUACCCUGGAUUUCACCUAAUGCCCCUACUGGUCCCCAAGACUUGAUGACACAAUCAAGUCCUGAACAGCCUGAAGUAACUUCCCUCCUCUUUGUUUCCCCAUCUCAUUCCUGCCCAUCCAUCCCACCUCCCUAAUAACAGCACUUCAAGCACCAAUUUUGGCUCUUCUCAUUCACACUAAAAAUCAUAUUUUUCACAUUCAUU